ACUGCUUCUUUUUAUUUGCGUUGAUCUAAUUAAACCGUCCAGAUCAUCUUGAUCGAACAUUGAUUGUUGUCCUUUUUCUUUCUUUUUUCUUAGGGGGCAGCAUGUUGCCACCACCACCCGUGGCGAUAUUUCCAUCUGCGGCCGCGAUGUUGCCUCGUGGUCCGCCGCAAUUCGCAACGCCUUAUCCGCCACCUAUCUUUUACUGGCCUUAUCCUUCACCGCCGGUUAGCCCGACUAAUUAUUACACCCCCGCAAACGUCGGCGGUAUCGCGCCCAUUCCUCAGCAAGCUGCUCUGGUGACGCCAGCAGAAUGUCUGCAAUUAGCACCCGGAGCAACGACGCUGGCGACAACCACAGCCACGGGACCUGACGUGCGUAUCGAGGCGUACCUACCACGAGUGGAGUUGGAUAAACGCAUGGCAGCGCUGCCUCCACCGCAGACAGAGUGUAAUCCUUUCGUUGAGGUUUUCAUGGUUUGA